AUGAGCAACAAGAAACAAAGCACCUACGGUGCACCCGCUGCUGGGACCGACUUUCGAAAAACUUGGGAUAAAGCUGAGUAUGAGGCUAAGGCUAAACAACGAGAUGAGGAAGAACGUGAAAGGAUGAAAGAGGCGGAUGAAGCAUUACAGAAAGGUAAAAAACCUCGCCGAAAACAUGUCGAUCUACCGAAGCCUACGGAACUCAUGAAGCAACGAGAGGCGCCUCUGGAAUUAAACAAAAAUCAAAACAAAACAAUGAUCGUUCAAGGAAGCUCGCGAGGUCCAGGAGCCCCCGGGUUUUACUGUGACGUCUGUAGCAGAACUUCAAAAGACUCUUCAUCUUACCUAGACCACCUAAACUCGCGAUUUCACUUGCGCCAGCUUGGUCAAAAGACCCAAGUGGCCAGGUCGACGAUAGACCAAGUGCGGGCCAAGAUUGCUGAGAUGCGAGAAGCUACCAAGCAACAAGCGGCCUCAAAACAGUACGACUUCUCACAGCGAUUGAAGGAGAUCAAAGCGGCCGAGGAAGCCGAACGAGAAGCCAAACGGCUCAAGAAGCUCCAGGCACGUGAAGCUCAAGCUAAGGCUAAACCCCCCUCCGAUGUGUAUCAACCUGCACCGGAAUCGAACGAGAUUAAUGGCGAAAACGGCGCCGAUGAGAUGGCUAAAAUGAUGGGAUUUUCCGGAGGAUUCAAGGCACGCAAAUAG